AGAUCCAGGGAGCAGUAUUGCCGUCCUCUGCUGCCGCCGAUCACCGCCGCCGCCGAUGGCUGUGGAUAAAGGAGUCUUACCUGAAAUGAUGUUCCUGAGCACACUGUACAUUGUGGAUUUGUUCUGGUCAUACUGCUCAGGUAGGCAGGUACAAUCUGAGUCGAUAAAGAGGUAGGCACUCCCAAUCCAAUUACUUGGACAGGAUGUCAUGUUCAAGACCUGAAGAACAAACAAGGAGAUGGCUCAGCCUACUUCCCAAGACCAACGUGUGCUGCUGGGGUUUAAAGAUGCAGUACUGGAAAAGGAGACUUCAUCUUGGGAUGUCAGCAAGAUAGGUGGUCUGCCGGAUCCACUGCCAUCUUUGAAGCUUUCUUUUCCUUCAUGUCCUCUGUGUUCAUCAGUCCUCUGCCACAUCGUCCAGGUGUACUGCCCCCUAGAGGGCUCACUAUACCAUCGCGUUAUCCAUGUCUUUGGAUGCAGUACAAAGUCAUGUUGGGGAAAACCUCAGAGUUGGGUGGCAUUACGAUCACAGUGUAUAGAAACCAAUAAACCACAGGCCACAAAAGAUCUGCCCAAGCAGGAAAGCAAGCAGGCAGCUACAGACUGGUGUGAAGACGCUGAUGAUUGGGGGUUUGAUGACUGUGCACCACAAAUACCAGCCGUUUCGUCUCCCACCACUAGUUGUACGGCAGCACCCACUGACUGGACAUCACAGCUACAGAACCUUUCUCUCACUGACACAUCAGAGACUUUACAGUCUAAUGACUCUGUCUUCAGAUCCCAUUAUAUAGCAGUUGCAGAGGAGGAAGAUUGUUCUUGGGACAUAGAUAUGGAUCAUGCUCAUCAUCUUCUUAAGGAUUAUGAGAAACGUGAGGAGACAGUAAUGGAGGAUCUACUGAGCUAUGAUAGUAAAGGAGAAGUGGAAAAAUAUGAAAAGGGUGACCUGCAGAAAAAAGAUAUUGUGUUUCAUAAAUUUUUGAAGAAGAUCUCACCUUGCCGUCAGCAAAUUCUUAGAUACUCCUGGAAUGGAAGCCCUUUAUAUAUGAGCUCCCCUGAUGCAAAAUCACAGCCGCCCAUGUGUCCAUGUUGUGGAGCUCAGAGAGUUUUUGAAUUCCAGCUCAUGCCAGCCCUUGUAGCAAUGUUGCAAGGAUCAAAAUCAGAUAUGCUGUUGGAGUUUGGGACAGUUCUCGUUUUCACCUGUGAGAGGAGCUGUUGGCAGGACGGUGACAAGUUGCCAUUACUGGAAUUCUGCAUUGUACAGGAAGACCCUGAUCAAAGAUACUUCAGAGAUUUUCCACAGACUCAGGAACCUACCGGAUGGCAGCCGGAGGCAGGUUCACCUGGAACUGGACGAGUGACAAUGUCACUACAAUGGAUGUACAUGCCGCAGGAGGUUCUUGCACAAAUAUUUUACUACUUGCCUCUUACAGAUCGUCGGUCUGUUUCCCUGGUGUGCCAGUCCUGGGCAAUGGCCGUGGCAUCAAACUCUGUCUGGCACUACACAGAGAUCAGCUGGGUAUCAGAUGAAGAAGUUCUAACCAUAGAUGGUCUACAGGAUUAUAUUGGGCAGAUAAAGCAACUGAAGAUUGUGUUUGACCAAUCAAAAGAAGAAACACGGAAAAAUGUCAUACAAAUUCUGAACUGUUUGGCCAGAGAAAGCAGGAAGCUGGAAAGUUUGAAUAUUGCAUGCUGUGGGGAGAACCCAUAUUUCUACUCUGGACUUGAGAUUUUGGAAAGCAUCAUGGAGCUCUGUCGGAAGGAAAGUCAGAUAGACCUCCAUCACAUUGACUUAAGGAAACUGCCCUUUACUCUUAGUGAUGGCUUUACAAGACUUAUAGCUACUGGGAGUCCCAACCUUUGUAGUUUGUACAUCAACAAUAGAACAUUAGUUUGCAAAGUAACUCCUGACACUCUAAUGCAAGUUUUACAAGUAUGUCCUAAGCUGACCACUCUAGGGGCUUUCUGCUCUAGUCUUUCUGAAGAUGUGUUUCGAGAAUUGAUGAAGCCAGAAAGACCACCCCUUAAACAACUGGAUAUUUUAUGUGAACGUCUGGACAAGUACACUCUUGCUAUUUCGGAUAACGUCUGGGGAGCCCUUCAUCAACGCCACCCCACUCUCUCUGUGGAUUUAGAGUUUGACCACACAGUUCCAGCCUGGAAAAUUCCAAGAAUCUUAAAGCCAAACAUCCCAGUGACCACAUUACAACUCAACACUUACAAUGAAAUGACAAAUCAACUGAGAUUUGUGGGUACUCAUUAUACUGGUUGUCUAAGGAAACUUUUCAUACAGACAACAUCCUCAAGUGCACUUAACUCAAGUCUUAUUGACAUAGCUGUGAAAUGUACUAAAUUGGAGGAAAUUCAUUGCUAUUGUGUAGUGGACCCAGAGGUUAUUCAAGCAUUCCUGAAGAACUGUCCACUUUUGAAGAAGUAUACCCUUAAAGUUGUAAAAGAAAAACAUCCAUGGAAGGCAACUUAUCACCAGCCAGCAACAAAAACAGUUACGAACUAAAAUAACGUUGACUUCAGUCAUUCAUAUAUUUGCAACAGGCUCAUACCAAACAUAUUUACACCUGCAAAGUAAUCUCACUCAAAAUAGCCUAUGUAGCACAAAAUCUAUGUCACCGCUGUCACCACCAAUGUCCCAUCUAAGCCACUUUGACUCUCCAAGACCAAAAAUUGCCUUGCGCCAUGCUUUUUUUAGGCUUGUGUACACUGUCAACUUUGUUGUUGCCCAUGGUGCACAGUUGCAUUUCAUUGUCCAGAGAAAGAUUCAAAAUAAAAGAAGUUAUCUGA